GAUCCAAUGACCUAAAUAAUCUCCGCGCUGUUACACGACACGAUCGAGGUGGGCAACUAACUUUGACGACGUACAAAUUAAUAUUACAAUUUAACAACGUAGUAUAGGACCUAGAUGAUCUCCGCUCUGUUAGGCAACAAACUCUGACCACGUACCAGCCAUGCAAAUAGGACAUUUUACGCGUCAAGAGUAUUUAUACCACGCACGCACGCUAACUAUUCAUUAGCUAGCUAGCUAGUAGCAUUAAUGAUGGAGGAGGUGCAGGCUAGUGCAGAGAUGGCGGUGGAGUUAUACAUAGCCACGCGCCAUAGAUCUGCGGCGCAAAAGAUCGUGCACUACGACGACUGCCGGCCCUCUGAAACCGUCGGAGAAGUGAAGGGCAGAAUCGAAGCUAAAUACGGAAUAGCCAUCCGGAGACAGGCUCUGUGGUUGGGUCCCAAGUUGAUGCGUAACCACAGGACUCUGGCAUCCUACAAAAUCCAUCCCGCAGUACCGGCAAUCGCCCACCUCGAGAUCGCCAAUGACGACGACGGCGGCGAAGAAACGAUCAUCACUGUCACCCUCCGUUCCCUCUCUUUCCCGACUCAGUCGAGGGUCAAGACCCUCACUUGCAAGGAAACCGAUACGGUUGGCGAGCUGAGGAAGCGCAUCCUCGCCAGGUUUUCUGGCCACUCCAGGUUCGACAUAGAGUUGUUCUUCGAUGGCACGAUGCUAGGGGAGGUCGACGCACCAUUGCUGCAUUAUUUGGUGUCUCAUGGUGCCGUUAUUAGUGUGCAUUACGAGGCUGGGCCCCGAGUUGAUUCCUCCGAGAGAGACGCUACGGAAAACCUUUUGUUAUUUUACUCGUUGCAAGCUUCAUCAUGAAUUGACGAUUUUUUAUUUUUAUUUUUAUUACUGAUUGUAAUUAGUUUAUGCAUGCUGCAUGUGUUUUGGUUUGUGGUAUUUAGUAUUAUUUGAUUUGUCCGUCACACAUUUAACGGUCAACUGUCAAAGUUGACCGCCACGUCAGUCAAAGUUAACAGAGGUUAACGGAGAGUGACCGAACUUGAACUGUUCAACUAAUUCGAGUGACUAUAAAUGGAAUAAAUUAAUUUGAGUGGCAAACGUGAAAUUUUAUAGCAAUUCGAGUGACCAAACUUGCAAUUAAGCCAAAUUUUUCCAUAAGUCAUUAAGCCACUUACUAUAUUUGUGAACAUUUCCUACAUUUCAAUAAUGUUUUCAUUUUCAUUCAUUUUGAAUAAUUCAUAUUCUCUUACUAGCAUUCUAUUCCUGGUGUCUUUAAUUUGAUACCUACUUUCAUAUGUAGCCUCCACACUGUCCUAGAUCGCUUUUGAGGUUUUGCACAUUGUUACUUCGCUGUACUCUUCUCUUCCAAUAUCACAUUUAAGGAUGUGCUUGGCUUUGACGUUGAUUUGUAAACUUACCAGAUCUUUUUCUGACCAACUUUUGUCAUCGUUUUCAACUUUCUCUUGUCUUCUUUUGAUAUUGAUCCGGACCUUCAAGUCAUAGGCUUGUAGGAAAUCUUCCAUGCAACCUUUCCAAAAGGCAUAGCUAUUGUCGUCGAGUUUUGGUGGUCAUGUUGCAAACUAUCCUUCAGCAUGCGUGAUUGGAGGCAGACGACUCAUCAUUCUGGUUGAUGAGCUUGUAGCUUCCAUCCUUGGAUCUUGUUCCUCAUGAGAGACAUGCUCUGAUACCAAUUGUAGGACACGUGUAGAACAUAAAUUAUUUUGUAAAUACGAGAAAUGAAAUCAUAUUAGUUAUGGAUCGGUCAUCUUGAGUUGUGGGUUGGGCUUGAUCCGUUGCUAAAGCCAAGGAGUUUAACGAGAUGGGCUUUGGCCAUUAUUUGAUUGUCUUCAACCUUAGACCAACAAGGUUGUGUACCUAUUGAGAAGCAAACACAAGAUAGAGGAAAGCAAGGAGAGAAACAUGUACACUUGUUAUUUUGUUAACCGACUUCAACCUAUUAAUUAUGUCUCGGCUCGAAGGUGGCUCCCCCUUUGAGACCUAGUGUCUAGGUUUUUAUCUUAUUUGGAUCUAGCUCCAAGUUGAGUCCCCUUUGGGUGGAACUCAAACUCUUCACAAGAAUAGAGAAAUAUACCUCAUUCUCCUUCCUCACAAGCGCUCUCACUAGCUAAAGACAGGAACUACACAACCACUCAAGCAAUAUAAACAGUGAACACCUAU